CAAAAGAAAACAUGCUUUCCAUAUCAGCAAAUAUAUUGAUUUUUAAAAAUGGAAUUUGUAGAGACAAUUUAAGGAUUGUAGGUCUCCCAAUGAACACCACAAAUCAGAAGUGAACAUCGUGAUAUAAAAUAGGAGAAAACUGCUCAGAACACCUAACUAAGCAAAGAAAAAUUAUCAAUUGAAAGUAUCCAUAGAUUGUCUCCAGGAAGAAAAAACCUAAGGUUUCAAAUUCCAAGACACAUAAUGAUUAAAUUUAACAAGUCUAUUAAGAAACAACAAAUUCUGCAAAUGACUAGGAGCAAUGCCUUCAAAUAUCAGUAAUACCUUCAUUUCAGUAAUACAUUAUUGCUCCCAUCAGAAAACAUAGGACAGAAUGGAGCGAUAUAUUCUAAAAGACAAUGGAGUUCGAGAUGUAGCCCAAGGUGACUUACACCUUAUAAUCUGAACUUAAAUAUAAAAGGAAAAAAAAAAAACACAGAUCAGUAAUAGAAGAGUUAAAACAUUCUGGAUUUGCAAGAGGUUUUUUUUUUUUUUUUAUUUAAAUUUUUGAAUACCCCAGACAGCAGAAAUGCAGAAGGUAUGAACGAAUGCAGCAACCAAGGACAGCAGCAGCAACAGAGAUAACAGUGAGACCAUUAUUAAGAAACUUUCUAAAUAUACACAAGGAGACAGAAGUGAAGGUGGAAGACAGGUAGAGAUGAUGGUGGAGAGGUCCAUAGUCCAGUUGGUGGCAUGUCUGGCAGUAGUUCACGGUCAGGGUCUGUGGGGGGAUUGACCAUGAAAUCACAACUUCAGAUCAUUGUCAUCUCAGCAAAACUUAAAGAAAAUAAAAAGAACUGGUUUGGACCAAGUCCUUAUGUGGAAGUCUCAGUAGAUGGACAGUCAAAGAAGACAGAAAAAUGCAGCAAUACCAACAGUCCCAAGUGGAAGCAGCCUCUUACUGUAAUUGUCACACCCAUCAGCAAAUUAAAUUUUCGUGUAUGGAGUCACCAGACAUUAAAAUCCGAUGUUUUACUGGGAAGUGCUGCUCUAGAUAUUCAUGAAACGUUAAAGUCAAAUAAUUUGAAACUUGAUGAAGUGAUUGUGACAUUACAACUUGUGGGUGACAAGGAGCCGACAGAAGUCAUAGGAGACUUGUCAGUUUGUCUUGAUGGACUACAGGUAGAUCCUGAGAUUCUAACGAAUGGCUAUGCCACAUGUUCAGAAGGUAGUUCACAGAGUGAUGAUUCCAGAACCAGGAAUGAUACAAGAUCAAGUACAAAUGACCCUGAAAAUGCUGAGGAAGCAGGAUCCAGCGAAAAUAGGAAGGUCAAUGGCAAUAAUUCUCCAUCACUAUCAAAUGGAGGUUUUAAACCUUCUAGGCCUCCAAGACCUUCACGGCCCCCUCCUCCCACUCCUCGUAGACCAGCAUCUGUCAAUGGUUCUCCAUCUGCACCUUCUGAAACUCCUACAUCUAGUACAGAGUCGUCACCAUCAGCAAAUAUGAGUGUAAUUCCUGAAGGAGCAACAGCUGGAGCAGCAGGUCCUAUUACAGUGGCUUUAACAACACCUCCAACUUCUAGACAAGUGCAGCCAAUAAAUUCUGCUUCUCAACAACUCAAUACAGUUAAUCAAGGUCCCCUUCCACCUGGUUGGGAACAGAGAGUGGAUCAGCAUGGACGAGUCUACUUUGUAGAUCAUAUUGAAAAAAGAACAUCAUGGGAUAGACCAGAACCUCUUCCUCCUGGCUGGGAACGUCGAGUUGACAACAUAGGACGUGUUUAUUAUGUUGACCACUUCACAAGAACAACCACCUGGCAGCGGCCAACUUUGGAGUCAGUUAGAAACUAUGAGCAAUGGCAACUUCAACGAAGUCAACUCCAAGGAGCAAUGCAGCAGUUUAACCAGAGAUUCAUUUAUGGGAAUCAAGAUUUGUUUACUUCAACUCAGAGUAAAGAAUUUGACCCUCUUGGACCUCUACCACCUGGAUGGGAGAAGAGGACAGAUAACAAUGGCAGAGUGUAUUUUGUCAAUCACAACACACGUAUUACACAGUGGGAAGAUCCCAGAAGUCAGGGUCAAUUAAAUGAAAAACCCUUACCAGAAGGCUGGGAAAUGAGAUUCACAGUGGAUGGGGUUCCAUACUUUGUGGAUCAUAAUAGGAGAACAACAACAUAUAUAGAUCCCCGAACUGGAAAAUCUGCUCUAGAUAAUGGACCCCAAAUAGCCUAUGUUAGGGAUUUCAAGGCAAAAGUUCACUAUUUCCGUUUCUGGUGUCAGCAACUGGCUAUGCCACAACACAUCAAGAUUACAGUGACAAGAAAAACUUUGUUUGAAGAUUCAUUUCAGCAGAUAAUGAGUUUCAAUCCCCAGGAUCUCCGAAGACGUUUGUGGGUAAUUUUUCCAGGAGAAGAAGGUUUAGAUUAUGGAGGUGUGGCAAGAGAAUGGUUCUUUCUUUUGUCACAUGAAGUGUUGAACCCAAUGUAUUGCCUGUUUGAAUAUGCAGGGAAGGAUAACUACUGCUUGCAGAUAAACCCAGCUUCUUAUAUCAAUCCAGAUCAUCUAAAAUAUUUCCGUUUUAUUGGCAGGUUUAUUGCCAUGGCAUUAUUCCAUGGAAAAUUCAUAGAUACAGGUUUUUCUUUGCCAUUCUAUAAACGUAUCUUGAACAAACCAGUUGGACUCAAGGACUUAGAAUCUAUUGAUCCAGAAUUUUACAAUUCUCUCAUCUGGGUUAAAGAAAACAAUAUUGAAGAAUGUGGUUUAGAGAUGUACUUUUCAGUUGAUAAGGAAAUUCUUGGUGAAAUUAAGAGUCAUGAAUUGAAACCCAAUGGCAGUAAUAUUCUGGUAACAGAAGAAAAUAAAGAAGAAUACAUUAGAAUGGUAGCUGAAUGGAGAUUAUCUCGGGGUGUUGAAGAGCAGACACAAGCUUUCUUUGAAGGGUUCAAUGAAAUUCUUCCCCAGCAGUACUUGCAAUACUUUGAUGCUAAGGAACUAGAGGUACUUUUGUGUGGAAUGCAAGAGAUUGAUUUAAAUGACUGGCAAAGACAUGCCAUCUACCGACAUUAUACUAGAACAAGCAAACAAAUCAUGUGGUUUUGGCAGUUUGUGAAAGAAAUUGACAAUGAAAAGAGAAUGAGACUGUUGCAGUUUGUUACUGGAACAUGCAGGUUGCCGGUUGGGGGAUUUGCUGAUCUCAUGGGGAGUAAUGGACCACAAAAGUUUUGCAUUGAAAAAGUUGGGAAAGAAAAUUGGUUACCUAGAAGUCAUACCUGUUUUAAUCGUUUGGAUCUACCACCCUACAAGAGCUAUGAACAACUUAAGGAAAAACUGUUAUUUGCUAUUGAGGAAACAGAAGGAUUUGGACAAGAAUAACCUCUGAGAAUUUGCACCCCUGAAGGACAUGAAUUUACUUGUAAUGUUUGUCCUUCACCUCUUCUGCUUGUUGCACAUCUUGUAAAUUGGACCGACUGUUUAAAGAGUUAUUUGUAUGUAAGUAAAUUGUUAUCCUUGCAAUCGAUGCCCUGGUAAUUCUGGAUUUCUACUGAGCCCUUCCAGAAAUAAGAUCUCCAAGCGACAUGGCUACAGAUGGAACCUGACUUAACUUGAGAUUUAACACAGCAAUGCAAUGACACCUGCCUUGUUUUACUAAACAAGAAUGUUUCUGUAACCUCUUAUUUGGUCAAGUCUUUCUUUUGGAGGUAGGUUUUUCUUUGGGAGAGCUGCAGACAUUGUGGGAAGUCCCUUUUUAACUGCAAUGUUCAGGUUCUUCAUCUUAAGCCUCUUGGUAAAAAGAAGAAUUUGAAAAUCAAGUUCAAGCUUAAGCCAGCUCCUAGGUUCCAGGAGCAAGCAUCCAGCUCGUGCCUAUUCUCAUUGCAGCUUGGCCUGACUGUUGUCCAAUUUGCAUCAUUUUGAUGUUACCUCUGGAAGUGAUUCAGAACUUGUGCAUCUGUUCACAAAUACCUUUUGCCGUUCAGUGCCACUACAAAAAUGAAAAUUUAGACAGAACUAAAUCCCAGCCUGCACAUGACAUUCUUAUGUUUGUCUCCUCAUUGGGAUUUUCAUCAUAGUGCAAAUGUUUCAAUUGUCCAAACAUUGCUAACACUCUAGGAAAAUGGCUUGGGAGUAGGAGGAAUUGUUCGCAUUGGCUGACUCUACAUGUUCGACCAUAAGCAGUUUAAUUGAGGACAUAGCAUAACAAAUGAGGGGGCAUCCAGAGAGGCGCUAGGUAACCAAACCAAACCCCUCUAAUAAACACCAUGCUUUUGUGUACUAUUUGUAAAAAUUCACCUGGAAUUGAAGUGGACUAGACUGGAUAUGUCCAGUAUUUUUGCAGAUUCAUAUUGGUGGUGGAAAAGGAAAAUGAAAGUUAGGCUUGACCUUUGCAGUUGUCAUAUUUAGAUAAUUUCUUUCUUUAACCAUUUAAUUGGUAUUGAACAAGCCAAGUUAUAUGUUGUUUAUCUUUUAAUCUAAACCAUAUAAAUUGUAAAGCAUCUCCAGAAAUUAUAUUUUCAUUUUGGGGGGAGAACUUUUGAACUUUUUGGUUUUUUUAAAAAGAAUUGCUUGAAGAACACCUGUGUGUAUACUCAGUUACCUGUGAAAAUGUUUUCUGACUGAAUUGAGACUGAUUUCCCAUGUUAAGGUGGUCCAUUUUGGUUCUUUGUUGUGCCUGAACUCAGUUGAAUUACUCCUCUUAUUUUAAAAUUAAGCAAUUUUAAUUUCUAUUUUCCGUUAAUAUUUAAGAUUUAAUAUUUAGAUUUUUGUUAACGAUUAUACUAUGGGUCUUUUACAUAUACGUGUGUUGACCUACCCCCACAGAAUCUAUCUGGGGAUGGAUUUGCAGUGAUGGGUUUUAAUCUAGGAAGAUUGGGAUGGAGCCUAAGGUGUAAAUGGCACUUAGCAGAAAGAGAAUCCAGUCCCCUAGGAAGAAAAACAUUUUUGUUUGUUUCACAAUUGAAUCUUAGAGCAAGAAAAAAAAAUUAAGAUAUUGAGCAUAUUUAUUAAGCUCUAAGAAAUUAUAAUCUUAAAACUGAGAUUUGUCAAAAAUUGUUAAGAUAUUGAACAUUUUUAUUAGGCUCUAAGAAAUUGUGAUCUUAUAAAUGAAUGAGAUUUGGUAUGAGUUAAUGGACUGUCUUAUCUAUUGAUUGCCUGUCAGUAUAAGUGGUUAAAGAGGUUCUCCCAAUUUUGUUUGAUUAUAUUUAUUUUAUUUUAUUUUUACAUAUCCCUUGCAUAUGCUCCAGGAAAUUCAGUGUGAUCUCCUAAAGCCAUAGCUGAUUUUAAAGCAGAUACUUGCCAUUUUUUCCUGUGGGGAUGAUACUAGACAGUUUUAUGAGAAAAUAAUUACCAACUACCCAAAUACUUACAGAAGAACUAAUUUUUGCAAUAUAUGAUGGGCUCUGACAGAGAAUAAGCCUUAUAAGGAUUUCUGGAUGAGGUGAAUUAUAAUAAUGUAAUUUUGUUACCUAAAGGACUUACAAGAGAUUUACAAAAUUAAGUGAGAUAGUGUAAGAAAGUAACUUUAUUUGUUCUACAUAAUGCAUCAUGAUUCAUCUACAGACAUAGAAAUAUUGUUAAAAUGUAAAAAUAUCACCCAAGAGGCUUUAUGCCCUAUAUUUUUUAAGAUACAGAAUAGUUAUAUUUGAAAUAGCCAUAGCCCUAGUUCUAUAGGGUUUGGCUGUUAAAUAUUUUUAUGAAUGAAAUGUUUAGUUCCAGAAAAGGUAAAUGCUUGUAUAUAUUUUUGCAGCCUGGGGUUCUCCCUUAUUGCAUUUCUUCCUUUAAUUUAAAUGGCCACAUGUAUAUGUCUUUCCUGCUGUACUAGGGAACUGGGGGCUGGAUUUCCCAAGAACCAGAGGUUAUGUGAAAAUACUGCAGAUAUACAGGAAAUACAAAUACCUACCAAAUGAAAUUUUACAUUUGGGUCCAAAUUAAACAAUUGAAAAUAGAUUUGUCGUGUUUAGAGAUUUCUUAAAUCUUAACGAAAAAAUGCUUUUAGAAAGUCCAUUUUCUUUGUAAGCAUUGUAAAUGCUAUAACAAAUCCUGUUAAUUUUUUACCGCAUGUUAUAUUGAAAUAAAAAGGAAGUAAAACAAGCAA